GUGUGUGUUCAUUGUCACAUGUAUCGAAGUACAGUGAAAAGCUUUGGUUUUGCAAGCUACAUAAACAAGUCAGAUAAUUUUCUCCAAUAAUUGCGAUCAAGUCAAACUCCAGCACAAUUGGGAGAGCAAAGGGCAAGAUGGAGUGGAGACGCCUGAUAGCUAGCAGCAGGGAAGGAGCUGUCCGUGAGUGUGUGUGGCGAUGUGUUUUCAUGCUUGUGUACCUUGAGCUGGGCAGGACUGAGGAGAAGGUCAUUCAGGAGCAGUUUGGAGUUUAGUGUAAUGUUUAAUAAGCUGAUGGUUGUAAGGAAGGAGCUGUUGGAUGUUAUAGUCAUGAUGAGAGGGGUGUGGGCUGGCUGGCUGCCGAUGGGCCGAAGGGCCUGUGUCUGACUGUCCCCUGUCUGUGGGCAGAGCAUGUGCCUCCAACGACACGUUCUACGGGGCUAUGGCGCUGAGGCAGAGGAACAGCAGCGGCAUCCUGGUCAACAUGCAGUGGAAGAUCAGCAACUACGUGAACACCACUGUCUUCUUCGUCUCUGUCUUCCAGUACAUCACCAUCGCCUUUGUCUUCUCCAUGGGCAAGCCCUUCCGCAAGCCCAUCUCCACCAACUACUUGUUCCUGGCCGUCCUCAUCGUCCUUUACCUCUCCACUCUCUUCCUCAUGCUCUUUCCAAACAGCAGCCUGGACACCUUCUUCGAGGAGACGGUGACCAACAACCACCGCCUGUGGAACUGGCUGCGGCGAGUGUACUGCCCCUCGGCCUCACUAGCCAAGCACAAGAGACUUCACCAGGAGCUGCAGAACGACCCGUCAUGGCCACCGGUCAGCAUGUCCGAGGCUCCCCGCCACCCUGUACAGUAACUGAGAUUAGAUAUUUAUCAUUAAACCCUUGUACAGACACAC